AUGGACUUCCAGGUGUUUUGGACUGACAAUUUCCAUCGUCCAAAGCUGACAAAAAAGCCACGGAGUGGGAUGAUGGGUGAUGCAAUUCAAAAACACCAAAAGGCCCACAGUUCCUUAUGUCUGACGUCGGCCGCCAAAUCGAGCCCCGAUUGGCUCCAAGGGCUGCCACUCCGCUAUUUGGGGGCGUGCCCCCGAGUGGAGCUGAGGGCGCAGAGGGCCCUUCUCCUCGCCGACGCAGCGCCAACCCGCGUUGUUUUCCCGGUCCGUCCUCCGCCUUACCUGCAUGGCGGGCCUGGGGCCUUGCGGCGGAGGGAGCCGCCUUCGGGGCCAGCCGCAGACUGUCAACAAGCUCCGCUCUCGCCUCAGGAUUGGCGGUUGAGAUUCGAAGCGCUUCGAGGCAGUCGCGAAAGGCUCGCCGAGCCUCGGCGCUCGAGUGGGGAUUGGCUGCCUUGGGGCCGCACUCGGCGCCGCGAUUGGCUGCCGGGACGAGGGAAAAGGAGGAGCGCCUCUGCUAUUGGCUGCGACGCGCUCGCGCCGUUCGACUUGCCGAAGCGAUGUCAAAAGGAAAAUGACGUCGUGGCGUGGCUCUUCUGCUCUGCGAUUGGUUCUUGGCGGGCGUGGGUGGGGAUUAAGUUUAUUUUCCUUCAGGGCGCUUUUCCGCUUGUUUUCCUACAAGGGCGCAUGCGUCGAAGGCUUGCUUCCGAGGCCUGUUCUGCUCUGAGAGACCCGGUGCGUCCCGUAGAGUCAGGAGUAGUCUGCUGCUCUGGAGGUUUUUCUUUUAUGCCUCCUUUGGGCUUCUUGCUCUUGAAAAACACGCUGACCAGACUGGGUGGUUUCCCUCAAGGACAAAGACUCUGGAGUGGAAAGCCUUUUUUAUUGCCUCAGUGGCCCGGAUCUUUGGUCCUCGCUGUGAGCAAGAAGAACUCCAACAACCUCCUUCCUCUAAAUGAAGCCGAUUUGGAAGAGCAGUUUGUCCGCGGUUCUGGACCCGGAGGCCAGGCAACCAAUAAAACCAGCAAUUGUGUGGUCCUGAAGCAUCUUCCCUCAGGGAUUGUAGUCAAGUGCCAUCAGACUAGAUCAGUAGAGCAGAACCGCAAGAAAGCCAGAACGAUCCUCCAGGAGAAAGUUGAUGUUUUCUACAAAGGUGAAAGCAGUGAUGUCCUUACGGAGAAGAAGGAAUUGGAGAAGAGGAAGCAAGAGAAGAAGAAACGAGCGAAAGAAAACCUUGAAAGGAAAAGGCAGUUGAAAGAAAUGCAAGAGUUGGAUAAAAAAUGAUUUGUUUGCUGAAGGGGAUCUCUGGGAUUUUCUUUCUGGCCCUUUAUUUCUUGUGAUGUUGAAAACACUUGUUUGGAAUCACAAGAUUUUAUAGACAAAAAUAAAAAAACUAAUGGUAACACUGA